GCGGCAGCGCCUCUCUGCUCCGGGAGCCUCCCGGACGCUCCCACGGAGGAGGGAGGAGGAGGGAGAGGGCAGAUAAAGCAGGGAACGCAGAGUCGGAUUUCAGUUUGGAGCUGGUGGAUCUGGUGCUUAUUUCUAGUAGCGUGAAUUAUGAGGUAAACAGACCCCAUAGGCUGCAAGAAAGUACUGACUGGGGUAAGGGCGUAGCAAAGAAAGGAGAAAAGGAGAGCAAAUAAAGUGGAGCAAGAUGAGCGCGGAAGGCACCACUCACUUCAGGCGAAUGGCGGUCAGGAGGAAGUCCCACCAAUCCUGUCUCCUGCCCGGGACCCCCCGCCCCUGGAUCCGGCCCGCUGCUUGCUCAGGACCGCCGGACUCGGCUGCCUGCGAGAACAUUACCAAGGACGCCACAGGUAACAGUUCAUGUCCAAAGAUAAUUAUCGUUUCAUCUCCUUGCCCAUCAAGCAAGACUGACACACCAGUUAAUCAGAAUGUUUGUGAUGAGCCUCAGGGAAUAAAUGGAAAAGCACUAAUUAAAGUGUCCCCAAAUUCAACUGCAAGUCCAAAGCCACAAGUGCCUCCAAAACCAUUACAUCUGCAGAAUUCACCGAUAUCCAAGUAUAAAGCUUUACUUAAUAUAAAACCAAGAAUGGAGGAAGUUAAUUCUGUCCCUGCUUCUUUUCUCUCAAAAGAAAAACCCAGUAAGGUAUCAGAUCUCAUCAAUCACUUUGAAGGAGGCAGCUCAUCAUCCAAUUCUACUGAUUUCAAGAAAGAACCUUCUGUUAGUCAAACUGUUUCUAGAGCUCAAGGAAGACAUGGGUUGAUAACAGUCCUUCAGCCAAAACUUCUAUCUCAACAUCCACAACAGGAAACCAAUACAGAUCAAACUCAGGAUGCACAGAAAUACACAGCCAAUGGUAUGAUUGGAACACAAAAAGAGAUGGAAUGUGAAGACAAUAAAUUCCACACUGAUGGUUCUAAUCAGAUUUUGAAACCAGCCAUUUAUAAUAGCUUAGCAAAUGGAGAAAAGGACAGAAUUGCUACCAAUUCUUCUUUACCCACAACAAAUAUUUGCAGAGUAAGUGCUGUAAAUAGUUGUUACAGGACUUCAAGUAGAAACCCCUUGCUUUUGUUGGAAAAGGAACACAAAGAAAUGAAAGCCAUUCUGGAAGAGAAAAAAGAUGAAGAAAGCUCACUUGAACUUGAGAAGCAGAAUCUAUCCACAGAAAUUAAGGAGACAAAUGAACAGAAACUUCACAAAAUUGCCACUGAACUCUUGCUUACAGAAAGAGCCUAUGUUAAUCGACUUGACCUUUUAGACAAGAUAUUUUAUUGCAAACUGUUGGAAGAAGCUAAUCGAGGCUCGUUUCCAACAGAGAUGGUGAACAAGAUAUUUUCUAAUAUUUCUUCAAUAAAUGCAUUCCACAGCAAAUUCCUUUUGCCAGAACUGGAAAAACGAAUGCAGGAAUGGGAAACCACUCCUAGAAUUGGUGACAUUCUACAGAAGUUGGCUCCUUUCCUCAAAAUGUAUGGAGAGUAUGUGAAAGGCUUUGAUAAUGCAAUGGAAUUAGUUAAAACCAUGACUGACCGGAUAGCUCAAUUUAAAUCAGUAAUUGAAGAAAUUCAGAAACAAAAGAUCUGUGGGAGUUUAACACUGCAGCAUCACAUGCUAGAACCUGUGCAGCGAAUUCCUAGAUAUGAGUUGCUCCUUAAAGAUUACCUAAAGAAAUUGCCCCCUGAUUCCCUAGACUGGAAUGAUGCUAAAAAAUCACUUGAAAUUAUCUCUACUGCAGCAAGCCAUUCCAAUAGUGCAAUACGGAAAAUGGAUAAACUUAAAAAGCUGUUAGAGGUUUAUGAGAUGUUGGGAGAAGAGGAAGACAUUGUUAAUCCCUCAAAUGAGCUUAUACGAGAAGGACAGAUCCUUAAACUUGCUGCUAGAAACACUUCAGCUCAGGAACGUCAUCUUUUCUUAUUCAACAACAUGUUGCUGUAUUGUGUACCAAAAUUCAGCUUGGUGGGAUCUAAAUUCUCCGUUCGAACUAGAGUUGGUAUUGAUGGAAUGAAAGUUGUAGAAACCCACAAUGAAGAAUACCCACAUACAUUUCAGAUAUCUGGAAAAGAACGCACACUAGAACUACAGGCCAGUUCUGAGCAAGACAAAGAAGAAUGGAUCAAGGCACUUCAAAAUACUAUUGAAGCUUUCCAUCAAAGGCAUGAAACCUUCAGAAAUGCUAUAGCAAAAGAUAAUGACAUGCAUUUGGAGGUUUCUACUGCUGAGCUUGGGAAAAGGGCCCCCAGAUGGAUUCGGGACAAUGAAGUAACAAUGUGUAUGAAAUGCAAAGAAUCUUUUAAUGCACUGACAAGGAGAAGGCAUCAUUGCCGAGCAUGUGGACAUGUGGUCUGUUGGAAAUGUUCUGACUAUAAAGCUCAACUUGAAUAUGAUGGUGGUAAAUGGAACAAAGUUUGUAAAGACUGCUAUCAAAUAAUAACUGGAUGCACAGACAGUGAAGAAAAGAAAAGGAAAGGAAUCUUAGAGAUUGAAUCAGCAGAGGUAUCUGGAAACAGUGUCAUUUGCAGUUUUCUUCAGUAUAUGGAAAAGUCUAAGCCCUGGCAAAAAGCUUGGUGUGUGAUCCCUAAACAAGAAGCUCUCGUACUCUACAUGUAUGGUGCUCCACAGGAUGUCAAAGCUCAAGCAACCAUCCCACUCCUGGGCUACACAGUAGAUGAUACACCAAGGAAUGCUGAUCUCCCUCAUAGUUUCAAACUGACUCAAUCAAAGUCUGUGCAUAGCUUUUCUGCAGACAGUGAGGAACUAAAACAGAAAUGGUUGAAAAUCAUCCACUUAGCUGUCAAAGGUGAGACAUCAGAGUGUCCAAAUGAACUACAAGUCACUGAAAAUGAUCAUCCUGGACUAACAAAGUCAGAGUGCUGAGUUGUUGUCCUGUUGUUGGUGGUUGGGAGUGGGGAAAGGAGGAAGCCAUGUGAUGAAGCAAAUGAAGGGGGAAAAAAAACCACAAGAAAAUAAGACAUUCCCAGCAACCCUCCAUCUUUUAGCACUUUAUUUUGAAAAUGCAGGUUUAUAAGCAAAUUUUGGGAUAUGAGGGGAAAGGGUGUGCUAAGAACAGACUAUUUUCCUAAACUGUAUCAUUAACAAAGUUGUUGUAGAGUCAUUUCACUGAUAAUUUUUUAUUAAUGUGAAAAAUGAAACAUCUUUAAGAAUUC